AUGAUCUUCAACGGUAAGGAUUUUGAAGCUAACCCUUACAAAAUUGAAAAUUUCAGUGAUUCAUCAAGUGGAAGUUCUGAUAACGACGAAACUGCCAGAAAGCGUUCGGAUACACUAUUUGGACGUCUUGAUCAACCACUUGGCCGCUUCCCAGUACCGCAUAAAACUCUUCGUCCAGUGUUUCGGUCAGUUCAUGGGCAUUCCAGUUGGAAAAGACGUUUUUCAGUGGCUGUGCUCACACUUCUCCACGUGAUUUUCACAUGCCUCAGUUUGUAUGGGAUCUACUCAUGCCGUCCUUACUUUCUCCGACCGCUUCUCGUCGACAUCUUCGGCAGCUUCGUAAGCUCUUUCUUUGCUUCGACCUUCAAAGAACGCAUUUUCAGCUUUUCCUGUUGUUUUUCGUCAUUUUCUCGGUGUUUUGCUACAUGCGAGUCAGUACACUCGGUUCUGUCGCCGAAAGAGAGACCACAAAAGCUCAAUUUCGGUAGGUCGAAAAUUGGUUUCCAGAAGAAUCAAUGAUGUUUCAGAAAUAUGUACAUUGGAGUGGGAUUUUUGAUUGCCUACGUUCUGUGGGCCAUCGUUACAUGUCUCGCCUACGCCGACACCAAGAAGCUGCGAGCAGAUUUCAUGUACUGGAUUGUUGAGGAAAGGAUGUCGAUGAGAAGUCGUCACAACGUCUCCGUCGACAACAGGUUCGCUUCUGCAUUCUAAACUAGGGAAAUCGAACUUAUUUUUUUGGACAAAUGUCUUUUUUUUGGUUGGGUGGUAUCCGAAAGAGAAAGAGAAAAAAAAAAACCGAAGUUUAAGACCAAACUAUGCAUCUCAAAGUGAUAAAGAAUAAAAGUCGAGAAAAUAAGUUUUAAUUUCGAUAAAAAUCUCGUAACUUUCCUCUCUAGAGCAGCCCUGAGCAACGUAUCCUAAGAAAUUUUCUGGCUCAUUUUUCUUUUUUUCGCGUUUUUUUUCUGCAAAUUCAGCUCAAAAAUUUAUUUGUUGAGCUUGAUCAUGGAACGAAAGUUAUCAACCCAAAAAUCGACUACAUUUUUUGAAGACAUUUUCCAGUCGUUUUGGAGAUUGCAUACAUUCUUUUGAUUAAAUUGACUUAAUUAUUUUCUGGCUCAAUUCGUCUCGCCUUCAAGAAGAGCUUUUUAGAUCGGACCGCUCUUCAAAAGGUUCCAAAGCGUCUCGAGCGUCGAAGACGUCGGCCAGAAGCGCCAAGUCGGAGAAGGUCAUCGACCACUCCAACUCAUGCAACGUCUCCCUCUGCAAGCGCAUGUCCAUUGCCAACGCUCGUCUUUCCGUUCCGUUAUGA